AUGGCUCAAAAACAGAACUUCCCGCCGUUCUUUCUUUGGUUGUCCAUAAUUAUCUCGGCCAUUUCGCUUGGUCUUACAAUUCCGGAAGCCCGGUCGCUUCCAAUAUUUGUCGCAUUGAUGUUCUUCACCGCCUGCUACCAUUCAACCUUGCUAGUAUCGAGUCUCGUUAAUUCAAGAUCUCAUGCGAGCACCAACGGUAGAAGCACAUUUUACAUGGACCCGCUCGAAGGCGCGCAUGUGGGCUGGACCCUCGGAUUCACUAUGUUUUGGUUGACGGUGUUCACUCUCAAAUUCGGAGCGGUCGUCAAAGGAAUCGCAGAGGAAGAUAAAGAUAUUGUCCUGGGUAUACUGUCAGGAGUGGAGUCUAUCCUUAAUAUUCAACUCUUGUGCUGGACAAUUAUCAAAUGGAGGAAGGCAGGCACACUCUGGCAGAGUAGUUAUGGGCUUCGAGCUGCAGAUGAUGAUCUGGAAUCCGGUGAAAUGGAUGACUUAAUCGACGAGGAAGAUAUCAUGGAGAUAGUCCAGUUUUUGGCGGAGCAUAUGCAAAGAGCAGGGUUAACUCAUUGCCAGCAUCAGUGCCAGCACUCCAAUUCUCAUCAGUACUUUCAUGAGACGCCCGUCAAAGAUGAUAUGCUUGAUCGCGAGAAAGAAAACAUCAGGAUAUUUCCACCCGCAUGA